AUGUCUUCUGCAUCUGGGAGACAAAAUGAUGUAAUGAACUCUCUCCAAUUCAUAGAAGAGGUCUCAAGCACAUCUGACCUAGCUAAUAUAGUUAAUGAUGCUUUUAUUCUUCAGAUGAAGAUUUUCUCACCUCUUCCACACGAUUUUCAACUCGACCAAGAUAUCCCUUCAUCCGCACCAUUUGUUUUAUCC